AUGGCUUCACCGCUGGGAGGACAAGGAGCUAGCAGCAGCCCUGUCUCACAGUCACCAUCGGACACGACGCUGCGAAGAGCCAGCAAGGCUUCGAUCCACUCGCACUCGAAGGGUCAAUACGAUGGAAGUGGAAGCGGUGGUGACAAGCCUAUGACCACGAAACAGUCACGGCAACAACACAAGGAGGCACCACCUCCACAUUUCGCUGUCGCGGCCAACCAUGGCAGCCGGCAUGGCGUACCAGUGGUUAUGGAUCCUGGAGCAUGUGAGGAAGGAACGCAUGGACCCGAGCGCGCUGACCCGUUCCCAGAUCAGCACCAGAUACAUGUGCCGACCGUGAUUUACCCCACUGGCGACUCGCGGCAACCCUACCUUGCGGCCAGCGAGAAUCCGACGGCCGCCCGACGCGACGAUCAGCCGCACCAACACCAGCGUCAACACCCCCAUGCGCACCAACACCAGCAACACCACAUGCAUCCAGCGGCGGUCCAUGGGUACACGUCGGCGGACCCGUCGCAGUACAUGGCCCCACACGCCAUUGCCACCACCAUUCCACCCGAUUCUGUUCGAUACACUGAGCAAGCCCAGUACCCAGCAAUGCGGCCCGCCAUGUACCCUCCUCAGAUUUAUUACACCUCAGCCAUGGGCGCCGAGUUCACGGUCGACCCGAACCAGACACCUGUGUACAGCACACCUGGAAUGCCUGCUGCGCGGACAUCGACGUUUCCCGGGCAGGCUACCUAUCACGCCGCGCCAGCCACUGGGACAGUUCCCCCUCAAGCGGCCUGGCCGGGCUCCGCCAUGGCCCAGCCGUUCUACGGCACAUACCCUGCCAUUGCAACGACUGCUCCUCAACACGCUGCUCCGCAACCGCCAAUUCCCGAGGAGAUUGCGCGACAGAACUCUGUUUUCGUUCCCCCAGGGACGGGAUGGUCGCCGUCAACCGUCAUGUCAACGCCGUACCAGUUCUACAAUCCGUUCCAAACGUCCAGCCCUCAAAUCGACAAGCACAUCGACCCUCUCUCACCUUCGACGGACGCAUGGUCACCAACCCUGACAGGUCCAGGCUCUAGCCAGCCAGGCGGCCCGAUGCGGAGGGGAAGCGCUGUGCCACAACCUAGUUGGCCGCCCAGUGUUAGCGUUCCGAGUGUGCGGCCGCCUCAAAGCAGCGCUCCUGGCGACGAGGGACCGAAGUCACCUCCGCAUGCUGGUGGCCCUGAGCGCGAACGCAAGGACUAUCACCCGCAGCCCCCUGCUCGUCGCAGCGAGUGGGUGAUGUGGGUAGGAAAUGUCCCUAGCAAUGUUUCACAUGAGGAGCUCUGGCGAUUCUUUUCGAACACCGUUCCCCCGCCAUCGUCUCCAAAUGUCGAGCAGUGGCGCGGCCCGUCGUCCAUCUUCCUGAUUUCGCGGUCAUCGUGCGCGUUCGUCAAUUUCUCGUCUCAGGUCGACCUUGACCGAGCGGUGCCCUACUUCAAUGGUCUGUCUCUGCGGCCAUGGGACAGCGGGUGCCCUCGCAUGGUGUGCAGGAUCCGACACAAGGAUGAUGAUCUUCGCUCCGGUGUCGGUGCGCAGCGAGGUGUGGGAAUGCACCGAGCGUGGGUCGAGCAGCAUAAGGCAGACAAGCAUGAGAACCAGCCUCCGAGGCGUAUGCCGACGAUCGGAGUCUCGCCGAAGUCUACUAUGCUCGAGCUCCCGCACCAAGAGGACAGCCAGCAUGACAGCUCGUCGGCACAUAAGAGCUCGGCGAGCUACGCUAGCACUAACUCGAGCUUCCUGGUGCACCACUUCCCGGAGAGAUAUUUUAUCCUGAAGAGCUUAUCAGCUGACAGCGUGAAGACAGGGCAGUGGAAGACCCAGCGCCACAACCAGCCUAUCCUUGACCAAGCGUUCAGAACGUCUAAGGAUGUCUACCUCAUCUUCGGUGCGAACCGUACAGGUGAAUUCUUUGGAUACGCCAAAAUGACUGGUGCGAGCCGGAAGCAUAAGCCGGCCACUGAGCGUCCCACGCCUAAUCGCGGAUCCUACCAGAGUGCUAGAAGCUCAAUGCUGGGUCUGUCUACGAGCCCUGGUCAUCAGCCUGCUCCUAUCCGGGAAGAGGAGGAGAAGGAGAGUGGAUCUCCGACGCAGGAGCUUCUCUCACCCACGGCGCAACACCGAGCAGCCACAUACCAGCCGCGAUCGCAGACCGAUCCUUUCCUGCUCGGUGGUCACCUCGCCCCGGGUUUGGACGAACGCCGUGCGACUUCGCCGGGCAUGAUUCCAGUGGAGGAAGAGCCGGAGCAAGCCGUUGAACAGGUCACCGUGGAGCACGUACACGCAGAGCAACAGGUUGGCCCGUUCAUCGAGCAGCACGACGAAUUCCACACGCAGCACAUCAUGCCCCGCUCCGAAUCGCCCGACUUAAUGGACGAGAGCAUUCGCCGUAUGAGCACGAUGACGCUGGAUCCAAACAUUCUGCGGGGAGAGCGGGCCGACUCGCGCAUUCGCCUUCUCAGCGUCGAGCACUCCAACUCGCUCCAGGUCUUCUCGCGCCGUGAGAACACUGCUGAGGGUCCUCGACCUGGCCGUCAAGCGACUCUCGCACCCCCCGGAGCUCCUACGAAUAACGGCAGCAGCGGCUCCGAGGCGGGCGACAACUCGCUCGCCCAGCCGUUCCGCGUCCAGUGGAUCAAGGUGGCCCCGCUGAGCUUCUCUCGCACCCGUCAUCUUCGUAACCCCUGGAACGGCGACCGUGAGGUCAAGGUCUCACGUGAUGGCACCGAAGUGGAACCUGGAGUCGGUGCGGCGCUUCUUGCCGAGUGGGACAAGCUGGACCAGCCCGCGACGAAGGCCGAGGAAGGGAAGGAGGCCAAGGCUGAUCCCGACCAAGACAAGGAGGUCAAGGGUGACGCCGUUGAAGAGGCGCCUGCCGUUUCCGCGACGGCCUCGACAGCCUCGGCGGCGGAGGGAGAGGGAGAGGAGAAGCAGGAGUAA